GCAUCAUCAUGCCUCGCCCAGCUAUUGACAUUGUCAUUACAACUAACCCCAAAAUUCUAAAAUGUAACUUUCCCGGCACCUUGAGAUGGUUGCGGACCAUGGUCCCUUCAAAUACAUCGCUGAGAAGAUCCGUAAAGAUGAACAAGACCCACCAAAGCCAAACAGCAUCUAUCUAGAGUCGUACUUACGGCAACAUGACGAAGACACGCCUAGACUCUACCUGCGCAAAAUCCAUGGUCAAGGAAGCCUCAAUGAAAUUAAAGAAGGGGGUAAGAUUCCCUAUUUCAAGCCGGUAGAGGAUACAGAUGGAAUAUAUACAUAUGAGUCUGAAGGUGACGAGACAGAAGUAGAGAAAGAUGAAGACGACUUUGAAAUACGGUCAUUUGUAGACCCCGAAGAUCUAGAAGCAAUCCGCAAAUACCGAGACACCAGUUUCAUCAUUGUAGAUCCACAGGUCGAUCCAAGAGUUGUUCAGCUUGUUUCUUGCGGCAGACGCAGGAGAAAUAAAAGAAUUCAAGCAGAUAUCCAAGGCAUAGAUGUUAUAUAUACUGUAAAAGAACCUCAGUCUCAGAUAGUACGUCAAUCAGACGUUUUGCUUCAGUCUGAGGUAGCGCCUCUGUUGAAGGCUGCGUCUCGCUCUGAAGUGAUUCCUCACUCUGAUACGCCACCUCAAUCUGAAGCAGUUCCUGAGUUUGGGAUAGUCCCUCCUGAGGUAGUUGACGAGUCCUUGGAUGAUAUAGUAAAGCAAAAACAUAGGGAGGAAGCUAAUCUUCGAAGAAAACUGAAGGUUGACGCUUGGGCUGGGAAAGGAAUUAAACGAAUAUGUCUUUGUGAUAUAAAGAAAAGCAAAACUGUGAAAGGUACAUGUGGAAAUAAAUCCCUAAAAAUCAAGCUUUCUGUAAAUCGUAAAACAAGCGAUGCAGUUGAAGCAAAACAAAAGAAAAAGAACUGUUUGUGCAACUUGACCAAGAAAAUAAUACAAACAUCAGCUGAAUUGAACGUUGAAAACGGCGACGGCUUAGCUCAAACCUUAGUGGGAAUUUUGGGUACAUUAGAUUCAAGUGACAACCAGAUUUUCAACUGGGAACCCAAUGUUAUAAUAUCCUCUACUAAAGUAGUUGAUCCAAACGCUAAAGAGGCUAAUAAUGUUGUAGAGCACAAAAUAUGCAUAUGUAGAAAACGUAAAAGGAACAUGUUGGUCAAAGUCAUGAAAAAAAUAUAUGCGUCGUCAGCAGACACUCAAACAGAAGUAGUUGAAAGUAAAGACCAAUAUCAAAAUGAGUUAGAGGUAUAUGAAAGUGAGAGAGAUAAAGAAGAGAAUAAAAUUGGAGUUGCAGGGUUCAGAGAUAAAACCAAUAAAGAUGUUGGUUAUUUGGAUAACACAGAUGCACUACAUAGAGGACGGAACCAAAAAGAAGUGAAGCCCGCUGAUGAAAUACCUAAGUCUUUAGAACAUAGGAUACAAGACGCUUUGCAGGAAAUGCAAACAGAAGGCGUUAAAGUAGACACUGGUUAUAAAAUUGGGACCAAAGAGUCAUGUAAUAGAAACAAGCAAGUAUGUAUAUGCAACAAGAAGAUAAAAAACGUGGCAAUUGAAAUUACGAAGUCCACAACAGCGAGAUGGACAGUUGGAACUGGAGUAAAAGAAGAAGGAGAACUUGACAGGUCCUACGUAGAAAUAAAACUUCUAGGAAUUGAAUACCAAGGAAAAUCCCAGAGAGGUUCAAUAAUAUCAAAACGGAAGAAAAGGGUAUGCCUGAGUAAAAAGCGGUUGAAGAACGUAGCUAUAAGAAUUACUAAAACGUCAGAUCCUUCUACUCUGAAAAUACUUCAGGUCUUUGCAGGACCAAGGUCGACCGACAUGAAAGGAUUGAAGUACAAAUUCGGAAAAGAAAAAAAAAAGAGAACCUGUUUCUGUGACUUACCAUUAGAUAGCAUUGAUGAAGAGAUCAUUACGCCGUUAGAAAGAAUUGAUGGUAAUAUAGGGCAAUCAGAAACAAACAUCAAAGAAACAAAAGUUAAUAAGACCUUGGAAGUACAACCAAAAUCAUCAGAGGGAUCUGACGUGGUUAGAGAGGAUUAUCAACGAAAGAGCUUAGAAACAGAAACCAGUAAAGGUACCUUACAAGAGGUGGUCAUGAUACCUGAUAAUGGAAGUCAGAAAUCACCAAAAAAUAGUUUGAAUACCGAGGGGGUCGCUGAAGAUACGCAGAAUACAUCUACAUCAAGUGAAGGAUCCUCCAAGGGAGGAUUCCACCCAGUUAUCUCAUCCAGAGAAAGGACUACGCCUGAUUUGAUAGACAUAAUUGUAACAACUAAAGGACCCUUUGGAUCACAAGAGGUAUUUCAGGCAAGUGACUUAGGUACCAAGGGCACGAAAAAUAGUUUACAAGAGAUACUUAAGCCGUCAGGUGGACCUCAGGCAAAUAAUUUGACGACAGGGAUCGAAGAUGGUACGAAAGAUGAGAGGGAAUCUGAGAGAACAGAAGAAGAAUCAGCGGUCAAUGAAAAGUCUCCCAGUAGCAGAACAGUUGAAAUAUAUUACGGAGAUAGGAAGAUGGACAAGACACAACCAACGAAUCAAAAAAGUUGUCUGUCCAAAGGACACAAAGCUAGGAAUAAACUUAUAUCAGCUGAUAACUUGGGUAGGAUACAACAUGAGAAGGUCCUUCAUGAAUUGAAGCUAGGAAGCGGAUCUGAGGUUAAAGAUGUAAGUUCUGUAGGGAUAUCAAAGCAAAAGAAGACGGUUUGUUUUUGUGAUGAGGCUAUGGAGAGUGAAUUAUUAGAAAAGACAGUUGAACUGCCUAGUAAUGUAGGCGGUGUGAAUAUAAAUGACGUAACACCUAAUAUUUUGAAUAGUCAAAAUGAGGAUGAGGACAGUAAAAAGAAACGUGUCAGGCCAAGGAACAGCCGACGGAAGUGGAAAAAUAAGCGCGAUGCUGAAGGUAUAAUUUUAUUUCUGGUUGACAAUGAAUUUUAAAGUGAAUUUUCAGAAAAUGGAGAGAAUGAGGUAGCGAUAAGAGAAAAGUACGUUGCCGAGUUUAGUUAUGAAGAAUACCAGGAGAUCCAAGGGUUUGUAGAUGAGAUCUUAGAAGGGAUAUUGGUAAGGCUUCAGCAAAGGCAUACAACGGAGGAAAAUAAGAACUUAGUGAUGCUAACCCACAAAAACUGCAACCAAUUAUCAAGUAAUGCCAAAGGGCAUGCAAGUAUACGAGUAGAUGAUAAAAAAGUGAAACAGAAAAAGAAAACAUGUAGAUGCGACUGUAGUUGUCCAGAAACUGCAUUUUGCAAUAGACCGUCACUGAUUGGCUUGUUAGGUUCAGAUGAACUAUUGUCAGCCUGUAUUGAAAAAGAAUGUGAUAUGCCUGAUGCAAAAAAGUGUCGUAAGGAUACAGAAUGUAGAGAUCUCAAUAGCAGUGAACUGAUGCCAAUUAGAGAAGAGUCUAAAAAAGGUGCAAUUAAUGCAAAUCCUAACAAAACUAUAGGUGGAGAUAUUGAUAUUAAAACAUAUGACCGUAGUAGAAGUAAUAGAAGAGAAUCUGGAAGAAACGAAACAAGUACGAUUAUUGGUGGUUGUUACAAAAGUACGAUUUGUAAUAGAGUUGGGUCCAUAGUAUUAUUUGAUUCAAAUAAGCACCUGACGCAACGUACUCCAGAAAAAACUGGUAUAAAUACAUUCAGUGAAGGAAAAUGCCAGGAUACUCAAACUCAAGAAAGUUCGUCAGAUCCACUUUGUAGUAAAUUGCCAUUACUUAGUUUGCUAGAUUCGGGUGUCAGAGUUGUGUCAAACGAAGGGAAUUGGAGUGACGUUAUAAAUGAAGUCAGUGAGCGUAUGUUAGGUGACCGAUCUGACAAGAGCGUACUACAGGAUUGUAUAUAUGAGGAGGUGAACAGCAAUACCGUCACAAAGGUCCAAAGUACAGGAGUAUCUACUUCUUGGAAUGAACCACUGACAAUCCUGUUUAGUCUACAAUGCCUUCAUUUGGUAGCCAAUAAAGAAAAAAUGAGAAAGCCGACAGGUGACGGAAAAAUCAGCUAUAUUACAGAGGAUUCCAAAACAGAUGAUUUGAGUCGAAGAAAAAUGAGUCAGGAAAGACAGACCAAUAAUUCCGUCCUUGGACCAGAGGAGUACAAACAAAAUAGUGACAUAUCUCGAGGAGCGUCAAGUCAAGAUCAGAAAACUCAAUCUGCUACUAAGCAUGCAAUUAGAGGCAUUUUGAAGAAUAGUACAUCAACACAAAAAAGAAAAGAAGAAAAUACUCGAAAUGAAGAGAUUUUCCCCAAUGAUUCAUCAUUGGUCCGCUCCCCUGAUCCAUGUGAAUAUUCGCCACAGAAUGCUGAAUCGACGGAUGAUGCCGUUCAGAAAAAGGUUAUAGAAGACCAAGCCGGUGAAGGUACAUCUGCAGAAGAAAAAUCCAGAAAGUCAAAACAUAAAAGGUCAGCUUUUGAAAUCACAGGUGAUGAAAACAAAUCAGUAGGGCCUUUCAGAAGUAGUAAGAGCCGUGGCAAAGACCAGGUUCGAAAAAAGGCGGCAGUAGUCAUAUGUCAUGAUCCAGAUAAUCAUCUGGCAACAUGUAAUGACAAAACGAAAACAGUCAGGGAGGUUGGAUGUAGCAAAAAUAUAGAUACCAAAUUGUCAGAACAACAUACACAAACAACAAGUGAUCAAAUAACUUACCAACAAACUAAAAUAUGCGAAAGCAGACUUGAAGACAAAAAUAUAUCCUACAAGUCAGUGACACGAGACUCAAGAAAAAGAAUGAUCCAGAGAGAGAUUGAAACACGUUAUAAGAAAAUACGAACACUGACUGCUGAAUUAGGUAGUAAAACUACUAAUGCCACUAAGCUGAAGUCUGUUAUUGAUCCUCAUAACGCAAGUGUUUUGUACGACGAAAGGGCAGAGGAGACAGAAAAGCCGAUAAAAAAUGCUGAAAACCAUUCAAACAAAUGUUCUAGAAGUAAUGCUACAAUUUGCAAAAGGACAUCUAUAAUAGAUUCUGAUAUCGAUUUGAUCCCAAGUACCAAGAGAAUCAAGAAAUCGAGGAACUUGGGUGCUGGAACACUGAACCAAAGGACACGAACGUCAAAAAUAAAAUUAGCAAAUCAGUCUAGUGAAGAAAUAAGAAGUAAUCUAUUAUCUGUUGAUGAUGGAGAUUGGAAGACCCUCAACGACUCUUCGUCACUAGCCCCUCGUGUUUCAAAGAAUCAGAUAGUUGCCAGUAUAGCGAAGGUAAAUGUGACACCUGACACCAAAAUAAAAAAUUCAGCUGAAGAAACGUCAGAUCAAAGCAGAAACACCAGAAAGACAAAUCUAGAAGUGAUGAAAUUCAAGACAGCCAGUCGCAUUAUUAAUACUUCAUCAUGGUCAGACAUAGAUGAUUCAGAACACUUAACACUAACUGAAGAAUCAUUUGGAAUCGCUGCCACUCAGCCUAAAUCUAAAGGUACGGAACAAAGGAAUUCUACUUCAAGAAGUACUGGUAGUUGUAUUGAAGCUACAAUUUGUAAAAGGACAUCCCAGAUAAUCUUAUUAUACACAGAUGAACCAUUGAAUUCAAGUACAACGCGAAUCAAGAUGUAUAAUGCCCCAUAUUCAGGAGCGGACACAGAAGAAGCAAGAAGCUUGAGUGUUAAGAUAUCAGACCAAGGUACGCUAGCAACGCCGCCAGAAGGCCAUGCUACGCAUAGGUUGCCUAUAAAAAAUAAGCAAAUGUCAGAUCAGCCGGAGAGGUUAUACAGAAGAAACCAUAGAUCUGGAGAAAGAAAUACGUCCCACUUCACAAAAAUUUCACAAGAUACACAAAAAGUAAAUGCAAAUCUUGUAGCAAAUGCGAACACAGAGUCCACCAAGCGUCGCAGAUCCGACCAAACAAGGAAAGUACGGAUACCUGGUAUCAUCACCUUGUCGUUAACCAAGGUGAUUGACCCUGGUAAACUUGUAGCAAAAAUUAAUCCAGGUAGUCGGAAAUUUGAUACCACUCAGCAAAAAACUAUGAUAAAACAUACCAUAUCUAUUGAAGGAUCUUCUGGUACAACUACAAGAAAGACAAGUAAAUUAUUGAGGGAGGGCAAAAGUAAAAUUAAGAAGUUUCAUAGAAAUACCGACAGUAGUAAUGAAGGCACCGUUCCUAAAACAACUGAUGUAAUAGCCUUAGUUGAACCAAAAAGUGCUCAUGGAGAUAUCAAUUCUGAUAACAGGUUAUCCAGUAGAACAGGGAAACUUACUCAAACGAGUUCAAUUUCAGAUGAGUCAAUGACGGAUGGCAAUAGGAAAUCAAAAAAGCUUAAUAAAAGUAGCAGUUGCUGCACCGAAGACGCAGUUUUGGAAAAAAGGUCAAUAAUGACCACACUUGACCCAGAGAGUCAUUUCGGAUCUACUUCGAAACGCAUGAAAAAGAUUCACAGAUCUGCUGGUAGUGAGUCUAUCAUAAAAGAAUAUAGACACUUUGGAAGGAAACAUCCUGAUCAAGAGAUACCAACGGAAAACACCAGCCAAAUGCAAUCAAAUCCGAAAACAGCAAGUAGCAAAAGGAAACAGAAAAUCAACUCGAACUGUGUAGAACGAAAGGAGGAUUCAAGUCAUGGUACAGAAAAGUCAUCUGAAACUUGUGAUGCCACGGUUGCGAAGCCUUUCUUAGGACAAAUCAAAGAAAGUAUAGUAUCACCAGAUCAGAACACACAGACUAAACGAACAAACUUUGUGUCGAUGCUACUGGCUACUGUCUUCAGGAAUGGCAAAGUAUUAGAACAAAGACUAAGUUCACUAAAACCAGCGAAGAAUUUGUUACUUCGUACUGAACAGGUCAGUACGAGGUUGGAAACUAUAUAUGUCAACGGAGAUAUGGUAGAAGAUGAGGCAUUUGUAGAUUACAACAAAACUAAACAGAAAAGGUGCCAUAACAAAAGAACCAAUAUAUGCUUGACACAUGAUGAAAAAAGAUUGAAUCAUUUUCGUAGAAGUAAUAAAAGAAUCUGACCGGCGACAGUAUUUGCAAAAGAGCAUCAGUAUCUAGUACUUCUAUUUAGGCCAGAUAAGUAUUUUUCAUCCAGUACGAGGCUACUCUUGGAGGUUGGUACUAGAGGAAUAAGGUCUAUGACAAAGAAGUCAAGUACAUAGGUAACUAAUGAUGAAAUAUCUGGUGGCACCUUAUGCAGCAUUGAAGAAGCAAAGAAUACUUGUGAUAAAGCAACAGCGAUGAGGCUCAUGUGUAUAGCCAAAAGAAUUCUAGAUCAGGAAAUAGAAAUAAUCAACAAGUGUGUUGUUUCUACACAACCCAGCACAAACUUUAUGAAUAGAUUUGACCAAAAUAGGAGGGAGCAUUUAAUUUACAGAAAAAAAAUGACAAUAAUAAGACCCCGUUUUAAAGUAAUCAGAAACCGCAUUUUUUUUUUUGAAGGAAUGUCAUAUCAAUACACGAACAUUAAAUCAAAAGAUCCCUUAACGCAGCAUAGAUCUCGCAGACAGGUCUGACCAAAGUAGACAAUACCAAAAGGUUACAAAAGCUCCUAGUAUCAUAGUGACACAACCUAUUAAAACAAAAUUAAAGGGCAAUACGACUAAUGUUACUUCAGAUCAGGAAACAGAAUGUCUUGAAAGUAGCUUUAUGAAAAGGCAUCUAAAAGAAGCCAUUGUGAAAUACCAAACGGAAAUUGAAGAGAAGAUAAUGGUUUGUCACAUUCAGAUGAAAAUACAAUUUCAAGCACUGAGCAAACAAAGGUAGCAAUAAACAUCCGGCAAGAUCUUCAAGCUAAGCUAGAAAAUCAAAAAUGAGAGACUAGUAAUAGGAACAAACGAAGAUAUCACAAAUGUCAAAAUAAGUAAAAUCUGUGGCGACAAGCCAUCUGUAAAAACUUUGUGUCGUCCAAAAAUGUGUUUGAAACAUAGCAAACAGCAAGUAAAGAAAAUAAAUGCCCAGUAGCAAAAAGAAUCUUCUACCACAGAAGAAAGUAGAAGGAACAACUUGAGUAGAGGGUCACGCAGACUAUAGAGACGAAACUUGUUUGCCAAAACAUGUCAAAUUAUAAAAUGUUUAAAAAAAAGAAGGGUCGACCAUCGCUUAUUACUACGCUCGGCUCAGGUGAUUAUUUCAUUCGAAGCACUUUCCAAUUGGUGAAGUACUAGUUGAAGAGCAGUUAAAGACUAUUUUAGAACAUUCCAAUGAAGAUAUCGUUGACGAAGAUGCAUUGAGUACAGGAAGAGAAAUGAAACAAGGUGAAUCUUUAGAAGGAAAGGCAAUCAGAGAAGUUAUGGAUGAUAGUAAGCAGCUAAAACUAUCAUCCAAUAGUUGCUAUCGUCUUAAAGAGAUUAUCAUGGAGCAUCUGUUGUCGAAAGGUCCAACCAAGCGUAGGACCAGUCAGAUUAUUUUACCCGAAAAGGCAUUGAAUCAUGAUGAGAAGACAAAGUUGAAUCGACGAUAAGAUUAAUUCAAAUUAUUUCGGCAACUUAUACAACCAACAGCUGCCACCCUGAUAAGGUAGUUAGCUAUCAUGACUUAAUCAUUUGAAGUGGGUAGUCGUUUGAUGCUUACUAGAUAUCAAAUGAAGGCCGCCUGUGGCACUAGCAGCAUACCAAGUUGACAGAACUGCUGAAAAUGCUGCUGACGAUAAAAGAAAUAGUCAACGUUACUGAAAUACCAUAUAGCGUUGGAGUUGAUACAGGAGAUGAAAGUCUAGUUACGGAGAUUGAAGGCGUUUGAACGGAUUCUGAGAUAAGCGAUGUGAAGACAGAAAACGAUAAGUCCAAUGAGAACAUCAUUGAAGGAAUGACAUCAUACAAAAAUGUCGAAUAGUCGACCAAAUGCCUAAUGUUGGGUAACUCAAACAGUACAUUACUGUUAAAACAGUUGAACCGAAGGUGCUAAGUAACGCCUUACAUUCAAAUAGAGGGCACAUAUAAGUUCAUACGCGACCUUAGGCAUAUCCUGGACUUUGGAGGGAUUUGCAAUGUUAUCUCAAUUUUACGAAGGCGAUUAAAAAGGUGUUCUUCAGUCACCGGAAGUUGGAAAGGAAACGUAUACUUGAAGUGUCAGGCCACUAACAAAUACGCAAUUGUUUGUAUUUUGUAAUAAAGCUAUCAAGAUAUA